AUGCAAUCUCCUUGUCUAAACGACUUCCCUGAAGCAUUCCUUCUUCAAGGGUGCUGCCCUGGCCCUCUCCUCGGCUAUCUUGAACCCCUCAACAAGCCUCCUGACAACAAGAAAUCAUCCACCACCACAACAACGACCACCUUGGCCACCAGCCGUCGAAACUUCACUACUGCAACUAAUUCCUCCAUUUUCCCGGCCACCCACUUCACAAAUCCCGACUCUCUACCCUCUCUGCUCAAUGCAUUCGCAGAAUUCACCAAAGCAUACCCGCAGUACUCUGCAACGUACGAGGACAAGAUGUUGGACCAUCUUCAUCUUCUGCUUCUCUUUCGCCACAACUACAAAGUUCGAAUCUUCCCUACUUUACCGUGUGUUACAAGACCUCCCGGGAGUCUUAAGACGCAGCUCCUCCAUGGUGGUCAGGAAUCGGAGCUAGAAUCCGCCAUGAAGAAAAGGGUCAUAAGCUUCCUCAACAUAUCAGCAAAAGAUUACAUCAUGGUUUUCACUACAAAUAGGACUUAUGCUUUCAAGCUUCUUGCAGAGUCUUACCCUUUCAAGUCCUCUAACAAGCUUCUCAGUGUGUAUGACUACCAAAGCGAGGUAGUGGAAGCCAUGACUAAAAUCUCAGAAAGGAAAGGAGCCAAAAGCACGUCAGCAGAGUUCAACUGGCCUAGGCUUAGGAUUAACUCGGCCAAGCUGAAGAAGUUGAUUGUGAGGAGUAGAAAGAAGAAAAGGAAGAGAGGGCUUUUCGUCUUCCCGCUUCAUUCGAGGAUGACUGGAGCUAGAUAUCCAUAUUCAUGGAUGCGAACUGCGCAGGAGAAUGAGUGGCACAUACUAAUCGAUACUUGUGCAUUGGGACCAAAGGACAUGGAUAGCUUUGCCCUCACCCUCAUUCACCCAGAUUUCAUUGUCUCUUCCUUCUACAAAGUCUUUGGGGAGAACCCAUCUGGGUUCAGAUGUCUCUUCGUCAAGAAAUACACCAUUCCGUUUAUGGAAGAUUAUACAUGUGCUGGUAUGGUGAGCCUCUUGCCAGGGAAGAAGUUCCAUUUGCAGGAUGAAAUGUCUGGUGGAGAUGUUGAAGUUGAAUACAUGCCUAAGCUCGGUUUGGAAGAAAAGGCUGAGGUGGAUACAUCAAACUCUUUCUCAUGUCCUGUACUAGAAAAAGGAGAAGUUCCAGAGAAGCAACCUGUAGAUGCAUCUGUAAAGCAGAAAGAGUCAGAAACUACUGGAACAGGGAAACAAGCUAGCAUUGUCCAAGCAGAGAAGACUGGGUACAGAAAGAAGCAAAUAUCCAAGAUUGAAUGCAGGGGAUUGGAUCAGGUGGAUGCAUUAGGGCUGAAUGAGAUCAAUAAGUAUGAAGCAGGGAAGGCAACAGUUCUGGAAACCAAAGGAAGUCCAGGGAAGGGAAUACCAACAAACAAGAAGAAAGAUAAAAGAAACUUGGGAAUCAUGGUUGUCACAAUUGCACUUGGGUUCCUAUCUAAUUUUGAGGACACUUACAGGCUUUGUUCUUUCAUAGCUCAGUUCCUGGAUGCUGACUUUGUAGAGAAAGCAAAUUGGAGGUAUACAGGUCUAAACCAGAAAACUAUUGAAGUGUAA